AUUUAUUUUCACCAAACCAAUGCAGCGGAGCACCAUUUUGCACUGGAACUGCGUGAUGCCGUUCUGCGUUUGUGCCGGGACGGGGCAUUCGUGGCUGUUCCUCUGUUCCAGGUGAACACAGAUGCCAAUGGGCCUCGUCCGGUCGGUUCCUAUGAAAUAUGGGUGCCCGUAGAGAGCUUUGCCUCCGUAUUUUCUUUCAUUGUGAAGAAUCAUGGAAAGCUCAGUGUUCUUAUCCACCCCUUGACAAUGGAUGAGCGAGAGGACCAUGAACAUCGCACUGCGUGGAUUGGACAACCGUUCCCGUUGGAUUUGUCUUGGGUUGUUGAAAGACUGGAUUCAGUUCCCUUGCAAUACCCGACACUCAAGAUGGGAUAUUCGUCGACUGUUCCCCCAGUCACGUUGAAACAGCGGCGUGAAGAUGGUGCGAAGAUUGCCAAUCUCUUAAGAAAGGACAAGUUGGCGGCGAGGCCACCGGCGUGUUAG